AUGGAAGAGGGCGUGGCGUGCAUGAAUGGAAAGUGCCCAUCAUCAAACUCAGUGUCUGAAUGGAAAAAGGGCUGGCCUUUGCGAUCGGGUGGUUUUGCUACGCUCUGUGAUAAGUGCGGGACUGCCUAUCAACAACUGACUUUCUGCGAAAUGUUCCAUUCGGAGGAAACCGGUUGGAGAGAGUGCACUUCAUGUGGGAAGAGUCUCCAUUGUGGUUGCAUUGCAUCUAGUUCGUUUCUUGAGCUAAUCGACACAGGUGGCGUGAAUUGUAGAGGCUGCUCUAAAUCUCCUUCUGAGGAAAGAGACAAAGCAUGUGAUCUUUCGGCAGAAAAUGGUGCUGCCAACCGGGAUAUCGAAACGAUUGUCCCCCCGAAAUCGAGCGAUGAUGCUACGAAUUCAAAAAAAUCCGAAAAUGAUUAUUCUGGCUCGGGUGAACAAAGAGGUCAUCAUGACUGGCUAUCGAGUUUUUAUCAGCCUUCUGUACAAGAAAAUAAAGGUCCCGGAAUUUUACACUCGUCGUUAGUCUCGACUGAUUUGAGCAUAAGUUUGUGUUCUCCUUCAUCAAAUGCGAAACCGACCACUGCAACUUCUUCCUUUCAACUGUCGUGUAGGCCUCGCCAGCUCAUACCGAGGCUACCGAUUCCUGUUCUUGCAGCAGGGUUGGAAGCAAACCCAAACUCCAUUCCACAGGUUCGUGUCGCGAGGCCACCUGUCGAAGGACGAAUCAAGAAUCAGUUGCUUCCACGUUAUUGGCCUCGCCUGACGGACCAGGAAUUGCAGCAAAUUUCUGGAGACUCGAAUUCUAGGAUUGUUCCAUUAUUCGAGAAGGUUUUGAGUGCAAGUGAUGCGGGUCGAAUAGGUCGUCUGGUUCUACCUAAAGCAUGCGCUGAAGCGUAUUUUCCUCCGAUCUCUCAGCCUGAGGGCCUUCCCCUGAGGAUUCAAGAUGUGAAGGGAAAAGAAUGGCUUUUCCAGUUUCGGUUUUGGCCCAACAAUAACAGCCGAAUGUACGUUUUGGAAGGCGUGACUCCUUGCAUCCAGUCGAUGCAACUACAAGCUGGAGAUACUGUUACUUUCAGCCGUAUGGAUCCGGGUGGAAAACUUUUGAUGGGAUACCGAAAAGCAUCGAACGCUACUUCUGCACCCAAGGAUUCACAGUAUCCCAUACAUAAUGGUGUUUUUCAAGGUGAACUACUCUUAAGCAACUCCGAAAAUCAAUCCAUAAUGAGCGGUUACUCGGGUUUUCGUCACACAAUGAGAGGGACCAGAAAUCCUUAUUUGGGAAAUGCAUCUAAGUUAGUAGCAGAAAAUCCAGUGGCCCAAUCGAUGCUUCUUCCCGAACGGAAAAGAAGAAAUAUUGGUCCCAAGAGUAAACGGCUGCUCAUUGACGGUCACGAUUCUUUGGAGCUGACACUUUCGUGGGAAGAAGUUCAAGAUAUGCUCUGUCCCCCACCAAGUGUCAAGCCAAGCACUUUCUCGGUCGAGGAUCAUGAAUUCGAAGAGUACGAAGAACCACCUGUUUUUGCGAAGAGGAGUAUUUUCGUUGCUCGUGUAUCUGGGGAGCACGAGCAGUGGACUCAAUGCGAUAGUUGCUUCAAAUGGCGAAAAGUGCCGAUCGACAUCCUUCUCCCUCCCAAAUGGACGUGCCACGAAAAUAUCUACGAUCAUACAAGAUGCUCGUGUUCUGCACCCGAUGAAUUAAACCCCAGCGAGCUCGAAAAUCUGCUCAAAAUGAACAAAGACUUCACGAAAUCAAGAAUUGGACCAAGUCUCAUCAAACCUGCGCAAAACGAGCACGAAACUCCCGACCCGGAAAACCCGACAAACCCAUCCGUAGCCGAGACGGGCGAACGAGCCGCCACCUCAUCGUCCGCAGCCACCACAAAGCACCCGAGGCACCGCCCGGGCUGCUCGUGCAUCGUGUGCAUACAGCCGCCGAGCGGCAAGGGCAAGCACCAGCCGACGUGUGUGUGUAAUGUUUGCUCGACCGUAAAGCGCCGCUUCAAAACCCUCAUGAUGAGAAAGAAGAAACGCCAGUCGGAACGCGAGGCUGAGAUCGUGCGUGGGUCCCACCACGUCGACACAGAAAAUGCAGAGGCUUUGUUGAAGGGAGGGUUGGAUUUGAAUUGCCGUCCGAUUAGGGAGAAUGUGGUCAGCAUGACGAGCCUCGUACGAGAAGCUAGUUUGCCACUCGAGAAGUAUUUGAGGCAGCACGGGCUGACGAGCUUGGUAUCAGACGAGCCAGUACCGGUAGAGAAUGUUGACAUGGCUCAAUCACAGGAGGAUCAUGGUAUUUGUACUGCUGGUGUGCAAGAACAGGAAGAGGAUGGUGAUAAUUUCUCUGAAAAGGGAUCAAAAGAAGAAUGA